GGUUAUGAAACGGUUUUGAAACCAAUGCGUGCUGCCUGGGUAAUAAUAAUAAUAAUAAUCAAAAUCUCUUUUCCGAGAAUGAGACAUUGAUUCAUUCAUUGGGAUAAUUCAAGGAAUAACACACACAACCCUACAUGCCAUUAUCGUCGCGCGAUGCAACGUGAACUGACAAGCGACAACUGAGCAGUUAAAUUCAAAGUGACUGUUUGAAACGCGCUCGGCUGCACUCGUGCAAAGUCGUCGCUAGUGCAGCGGCGGCGGCGGCGGUAGCGCCGAAUGAAAAAUGGCCGCAAACCUGGGAACAGAGAUGCGGAUUCCAACGCGCACGGCGCCUCGUCCCCCCGGCCAGAGUGCGACGCGGAGAGAUCCGAUUUGGAGCAGCAGUAACGACAUAUUCGAAGGUACCCUGAUGGCGCAACCCGUACAGAGGAAGAAACCGCCUCCUCGACCGCCACCUCCAAAGUUCAACCAGAAUCACAUGCAAUACCAGAAGGAUCAGAAACCGAGAAAGCCAGCUAGGCCGACGGAACUGUUGACGAAUUUUUUCGGACGUAAGAAGCAAGAAAGUCCUUUCCCAUCACGCUCUGCCAACCAAUCACAAAGUUCCACGACGCAAUCCACGACCUCCGUCAUGACGAUGUCCCUGAUAGAUCUUAGUCCACCGGGAUCCCCGACGUUCACAACUCGCUCCAGCAGUGACGGGGUCAGUGUCGACAGCUUCGGCAGCGACGGCAACUCCAAUCCAUCUGCGUUCACGAGCAGCGGGAACACGUCGCAAACGGAAAGUGCCUUUGAAGAUGAUUUCGACUUUUUCGGCAUGUCCAAGAAGACGGCACAAAACGACCCGUGGCAGAGCAGGACGACGCCGCAGGACCCCUUUGGACCCUUGGAGGACGCAUGCUCGAAACCGUCUCAGGCCGCCGGCAGCCUCUUCUCUCUCAACUCGAAUAGUCGCGUAACAAGUCAAGUGCCUUCUAAUCUGAUCACGUCCAAACCCUUGAUCACGUCGAUGCCGACAAUAAUCCGAGCGAGACCGCCUAAGCCACCGGCGCCGAAAUUGCCGCUGAAAAAGUUUGUAUCGACAGCCAAGGGAACGUGCAAUAGCUACAAAGUCUUCAACACCGGCAUGACGGAAAAUGCAGGAUUGGCAGUGGAUUUGUUCAACGCGUGGCCUGAUGACUGCGAGCAGAGCGAUAGUAGUCCGUCGCCGCCCAUGCCGACGAUACCACCGCCGGCACUGCCCGCGACUUAUCUGGCGGAAUUGGACAGCGAUCUUGCAAGAGAUUCCAGUGGACCGUGCGGUGUCGCGCUAUAUGACUUCCCAGCGACUCACCCGGACGACUUGGCCUUGAAAGAGGGCGACAUUGUCCAACUCGUAGGGAAAGUCAACGAUGACUGGCUGGAGGGAAGAAUAGGAAAUCGCCAAGGGAUCUUCCCACACAAUUUUGUCGAUAUCAAAGUACCUCUGCCAGGUCUGUCGGACAACGUGGUUACGGCGCUUUACGCUUUUCCCGGAGAAAACAGCGAUGAUCUAUCGUUUGAGGAAGGUGCAAAAAUAACAGUUAUAUCGAGGAUAUCGGAGGACUGGUUGUAUGGUGAGUACAACGGCAGAAAAGGACAAUUUCCAGUGAAUUAUGUAAAUAGACUUCCACGUAACAUUUGAAGGUUCUCGCAGUAAAUAUUUUGUAUCGAAUGUAUCAAAAAACAAGCCACUAUAUUCCAAGAGUCUCCGUAUAUUAUAGACAUUAGGGCAGUUAAGAGUAAGAGAAAAUGCUUAAAGCCUUCAUCUUUCAUUAUAGAAUUUUUAGUGGGGUCAUUAUGUACAAAAUGGUGGAGAAAAAAAGAUUUUUAGAAAAAUUUUAGAAAAUUUUACUAACAAGAAAGACUGAAUCAUGUACGAUUUCUAAUCGUCGUGUUCCAAUAGAAAUAAUAUCCAGAAAUAAUUGCGCUGUUACUUUUAGAAAUUAGAAAACAACACUUUCUGCAACAUAUUGGUGAUAUCAACAAUUACCUUCUGUUUCUAAAGACUUUGAACUUCAUAGUGUUUACAGUGUUUUAAAAGAAUUCCGAUGUCUUAUUGCUGAACUAUUUAAAUUUAAUUGUUUCGAAACAUUGUCCAGUGAUUUUCAAUUGUAAUGGUUAAUUACCAUUGAAGAAAUCACAGUCUAUAAUAAUUAAGUGACGAUACAACUGGCACUCUGAUCUGAGGACAUUUAUUUUCUAUUCUAUGUAGAUCGCACAAUUUUCUCCACACAUAUACACGGUAUAGAAAUACAAAUUUUUUUCAUACUGAACUAUAUAAAUUUAUAUCGUUUUUGUAUCUGAAUUUUAUAUAUCCUAAUAUGAAGAAAGACAAGUAUUUUUAAAAAGUUUGGAUGAUUAUCGUGAUAUUACUACGAAGCUUUUCUGAAAAUGUUUUUUUUUUAUGAGCUUAUGAGUUUAAUGCCUCUAUGACUACAACUUAGUCCGUCUAAAAAUAUUUGUUUUCUAUUCUAUGUAGAUUGCUAUGUAAUUUAUAUUUUCCCCACACAUGUAUACAUGGUACAGAAAUUAUUCAAAUUUUUUUUGAUGAUGAGACUUUUGCGCGCCAUGAAUUUAAUGAUUACAAUCUUGGUUUUCUGACAAUAUAUGUUUUCUAUUCUAUGUAGAUUGCUAUGUAAUUUAUAUUUUCUCCAUACAUGUAUACAUGGUACAGAAAUUAUUCAAAUUUCUUUUAAUACUGAACUAUAUAAAUUUAUAUCUUUUUUGUAUCUGAAUUUUACAUAUCCAAAUAUGAUAAAAGAUAGAAGUAUUUUCAAUGAGUUUAAAUGAUUAUCGUGAUACUACGAGCUCUGAAAAUAUUUGUUUUCUAUUCUAUGUAGAUUGCACAAUUUACAUUUUCUCCGCACAUAUAUACAUGGUACAGAAAUGAUUCAAAUUUCUUUUACUGAUGUAGUAAUGAACCUAUAAGUAUUUAAUGAUUACUACUAGGUCUUUCUGAUUCUGAUAUUUGUUUUCUAUUCUAUGAUGACGCAUUUUCAAUUGCUUUUAGAUGAUUAUCAUGAUACUUACGAGAUACCGUGAUACUUAUGCUUUCUCUGAGAAUAUUUGUUUACCAUUCUCUGUAGAUUGCAUAAUUUAUAUUUUGUUCAUAAUCUUCGAUACAAAAAUUAAUCAAAUUUUUUCUAAAUGUAAUUGCGAAUAUUUAUUGAAUGGGGACGUUUAUUCUUUGGAAGGAUAUAUCUGAAAUAUUAUUUUCUGGAAGUAAUUUAAAUAUUUGUUUUUUAUGUAAAGCGUUAAACAAUUCUGCCAAUCUCCAGAAAUUAUUGAUUGAGAAAUGAAAAACUCUUUUUUUGUUGAAGUUUUGCAUCUCUCAUACAUUAUUAGAACAAUUUGUUCUUGAUAAUCAAAUUUAUAAGCAAUAAAAUAAAUGCACUCUUUCUUAAAUGAUCGACUUUAAUGGUAUGUUUCGUUUUAGAAAUUUUUAUUUGGCGAUGGAUAAAAUGCAGAGCAUAUACUUUUGUGUUGUAUAUAUUGUUUGAAGUUAAAUGUACAUGAAGCUAAGGAAUUGUUUGAUAUAUCUUUCCUAUGUGCACUAUAUACGUCUAAAUCAAUACUCACGUUUAAAAAUACAUUGCAUACAUUGCAUAUAUUGCAAUAAUAGAUAUUAUAUAUAUAUAUUCAAGAAAAUGUCUAAAUGAGAGUAUAGUGUUUGUAUUUUAUAUAUAUAUACAUAUAUAUAUAUAUAAAUAUAAAUUAUAUAUAUAUAAAUUACAUAUUACAUACAAAUUCAAUAUAAUUAAUUAUAUAUAUUCAAAACUGUCAUCUUUGCAUAAUAUAUUUAUAUUGUACUGUGUACGUGUAUACAUCUAUUCCAUUUUAGACAUUUUUUUCAAUUAAAGUUACCAACAUAAUAAUGGUUGUAAUGUAUAUUACGUGAGUAUGUAAAAUAGGGAGAUAAAAAGAAGGUUGGUCAAAUAAUCGUUUAUUUAACCUACCUUAAUAACGAAUAGAUACUUUUCUAUUUAUGUAUAUUUAAUUAUUAUAUCUACACAUACAAAUUAUGUAAUUACGAAACUCUAAUUUGGAAAUUGUAAUAAUGAUCGUGCGCAUUGAAAUGUAUUUCAAUGUUUCGCUAUGCACAGAUAUUUGUCAAGUUACUAGUUAAAUCUUACAAAAAAUCAAUAUUAAUUUUGUAUAUUUUUCUUAAAUUAUUUUACUUUGUAUUAGACAUUGGUGCAAAUUUUAAUUAAGUAUAUUCUAAUUUACAUGAAAUUCUCAUUAGCGCAGUAUUAACAUGAUAUCCCAUACAUCGAAGGUCUGCGUCGGGACCAACAUCUUAGCUUGUAAGCCGAAAUUAGGAAAGGCGAGUGAUAACAUAAACAAAGAAUUGAAAGUUAUAUAAAAAAAAAAUGUAAUAACGAAUCCCUUACACGUAAUUAAAUUGUUAAUUUAUUUCGCGAAAAAUUAUGCUGUUAUGCAAGAAAUGCCUAAUACACAAUGUGAUAAUUUGCAAUAUUUAAUGCGUAAACAUUUCAUGUGUAUACAUAAACUAGAAGGAAAUAAAUAAAUUUUCCUC